AAUUCCAGAAUAAUUUACAUUUUCUGCAGGUGCAGUUUUUAUCUUUGAGCUGACGGAUCGCGGAGAGAGUCUGCAUUUCUACAGGUAAACUAUGACCAGGUGGAUUGUAUUACUUUGUGUUUGUCUGUCCGUCACCUCGGCAACAUUCAACAAUUAUCAGCAAAUCAGCAGCUAUGAGGAGCACUCCUUUCUGGACCCUGAGGACACACUGAGUGUGAGCGUCCCCCUGGAGCUGCCUCGGCGCCCUCUACUGGGCAGCACCUUGGUACUACCCUGUUACUUCCAGGACCACACCGUCCACGACCCCGGCGCCCCCACCAUUGCCCCCCUGUCCCACCGCAUCAAAUGGAGCCGCAUCACCAAGGAGCGUGUCUCUGUCAUCCUGGUGGCCAUGGACGGAGAGGUCAAGGUGGAGGAGGACUAUCUGGACCGGGUCCACAUGGUGGGCUACCAGACCCCCACUGACGCCAGCAUCAAGAUCACAGAGUUGAGGUCCAACGACACCGGCACCUACCGAUGUGAGGUCCAGCACGGCAUCGAGGACAACCAUGACACUGUGGACGUCCUGGUUCAAGGUAUCGUGUUUCACUACCGGGCCAUCACGACACGCUACACUCUGACCUUUGAGAAGGCCAAGGCAGCCUGUAUCCAGAACAGUGCUGUGAUCGCGACCCCAGAGCAGCUCCAGGCCGCGUACGAUGACGGCUUCCACCAGUGUGAUGCCGGCUGGCUCUCUGACCAGACUGUCAGGUACCCAAUCCAUGAUCCACGUGAGAAUUGCUAUGGCGACAAAGACGAGUUCCCGGGGUGCGAACCUCACGGAGUGAGAGAUGUCAACGAGACUUACGACGUGUACUGUUUUGCCGAGAAGAUGUCAGGCAGUGUGUUCUACUCUGGCUCUGUGGCUAAGUUCACCUACUCUGAGGCUGAGGAACAGUGUAGUACAGGGGCCCUGUUGGCCACCACAGGACAGCUGUACCUGGCCUGGCAGGCUGGUCUGGAUGUGUGCAAUGCAGGCUGGCUAGGAGACAGGAGCGUCCGCUACCCCAUCAAUGUCCGGAGGCCGCAGUGCGGAGGGGGUCUGCUGGGGGUACGGACCGUGUACCUCCACGUCAACCAGACGGGGUACCCUCCCGAAUCCCGCUAUGAUGCCUACUGCUACACAGAAACGGAUGAGGAGGGCUCAGGCAUGGUGGUGCCCACCGAGGCGGGCAGCGGUGUGCUGAGCGUUGCCACAGUGACCCAGGGUCCUCCCGAGGUGUUCUUCAGGAACAUGACCACAGAGAGCGAGGCGCUGGGCGAGGGCCUGGCCACCCAGAAACCCACUGGCGUGGACUUCACCUUCGGCACUGAGUUGCCCCUGCCACAGCCGCCCAGUGUCACCGAGCUGCCACAGCCGCCCAGUGUCACCGAGCUGCCACAGCCGCCCAGUGUCACCGAGCUGCCCCUACCACAGCCGCCCAGUGUCACCGAGCUGCCCCUACCACAGCCGCCCAGUGUCACCGAGCUGCCCCUACCACAGCCGCCCAGUGGGACAGAGUUGGUUGUGGAUGUGGUGGGGAGAGUAACGGCCAGGCCGGAUGUGGGGAGUGAGAUCGGCGAAGUGAGCAGAUCAGGAUAUUUAUUUUCUGCUACAGGCGUGGUGUUUCACUACCGUGCUGGAUCUAGUCGCUACGCCUUCACCUUCGUGGAGGCCCAGCUUGCCUGUCAGAGUGUUGGAGCCUCCAUCGCCACCCCAGAGCAGCUCCAGGCUGCCUAUGAGGCUGGCUACAACCAGUGUGAUGCAGGCUGGCUUCUGGAUCAGACCGUCAGGUAUCCCAUCGUGUCUCCUCUGGAGAAAUGCUCUGGGGAUCUGGAGACUUUACCAGGAGUGAGGACCUAUGGACUGAGGCCCGCUGAGGAACACUACGAUGUCUACUGCUACGUGGACAGACUCAGGGUGAUGUGUUCCAUGCUGGCUCCAGUGAAGGCUUCACCCUAUGACGGUGCUCUGGCUCACUUCCUGCCUUCCAUCACUCCUCCCAUCUCUGUGGAGUCCUCCAGGCUCUGGUUCCGGGGCCUCUGGGGGCGAAAGUGGAUCCUCCGGAGAUCUCUCUGGUGA